AUGGAUCAACCACAUCCAAAAAAGGUGAAGAAGAACCCACCAUCAGCUGAAGAAAUUGAGAGACGAAGAAAAGCAAAACAAAAUGAAGUAAUCCCCGAAGGAAUGUCACGACGUGAAUACAAAAAAACUCAAAAACAACAAAGAUGGGAAGAAACAAAAGAUCAAUUUAGAGAAGAUAUGAGAGCUAAAAAGAAAUUGCAAAGAGAAAGAAAAAGGGAAAGAAUAAAGAACGAUGAUGAAUAUAAAAACUCAAUUGUGAAAAAGCCCAAAAAGCAAAUCCCAACAGAUGUUAAUUUUAUAAUAGAUUGUGAAUUUGAUGAUUUAAUGAAUAUAAAAGAAAUCACUUCAAUGGCUAGACAAAUACAAACAUCUUAUUCAAUAAUGAGACAUUCACUUUAUAAACUCCCAUUGCAAAUCACAUCAUUUAACAAACGACUAAAAGAAAGAUUUGAAACUUCAUUAUCAGAUUACAAAAAUUGGCAAGAAAUUGAAUUUACUUCUUCCUCAAUUGAAGAUUUGAUAACUCCAGAAAAUAAAGACCAAUUUGUGUAUUUGACUGCUGAUACAGACGACGACCUUAUGGAAUUAACUUCAAAUCAUACAUAUAUAAUUGGGGGAAUAGUUGAUAAAAACAGACAUAAAAAUUUAUGUUAUGAUAAAGCCAAAAAAUUAGGAUUAAAAUGUGGGAGAUUACCAAUUGGCAAAUAUAUUAAAUUGAAUAGUAGGAAUGUUUUAGUUACAUCUCAUGUUUACGAAAUUUGUAGUAAAUGGUUUGAAUAUAAAGAUUGGGGAGAAGCAUUUAAUAAAGUUUUACCUCCCAGAAAAGUGAUCAAAGAUAAAGAUGAAGAAGAAAUAGAAUCAAAAGAAGAAGUAAACCCUGAAGUUGAGAUAGGAGAAGAAGUUGAUUCUAAGGACAAUGUAUAA